AACCGUGUUGAGAGAAGAUAUAGCAGCACCGAGCGCUGUUUAGGAGAGUUGCCUCACUUAACGAGGACAAAAACACUGGAUUUUCUUUUUAAAAACCUCACAAGUGAUAGUUAUACCACACUGGCUGUUCCACGUUAGAGACAUGUGCAGUUAAUGACAUGCAGCACGCUGGCGUAUUUGACUUGAACAGCUUGAAAACGACUUAAAAGGCUGCUGUGUCUGUCCAGGCUUGAACUCCCCGCGUUGGGGACGAAAUGGGGAACACGGCCACCAAGUUCCGUAAGGCUCUCAUCAACGGGGAUGAACUGCUGGCCUGCCAACUGUAUGAGAGCAACCUGCAGUUCAAGGAGGCUCUGGAUCCCAACGCUACGUAUGGAGAGUCCUACCAGCACAACACUCCGCUGCACUAUGCUGCUAGACACGCCAUGAUACGCCUCAUCAGGCCAUUUCUCCUAAACAAAGAUGGCAAUCCUAACAAGCGGAAUGUGCACAAUGAGACGUCUUUGCACCUCCUCUGCAUGGGGCCCCUGAUCUUGACCCCCGAAGGGGCACUGCAACCGAGGAUCUUGCGGCCAUACGAAGAUGAACAGCGCAGAGCAGAAUGCCUCCAAAUUAUCCUUUCGUGGACAGGAGCAAAGUUGGAUCACGGACAAUAUGAAAGGGCCGAUGUCAAUGCCUCUGACAACAAGAAGAACACUUGCCUUCAUUAUGCUGCUGCCUCAGGCAUGACGACUUGUGUUGAGUUGCUUGUAGAGAGUGAGGCGGACCUGUUUGCAGAGAAUGAAAACCGCGAGACUCCAUGUGACUUUGCAGAAAAGCAGCACCACAAGGAGCUGGCCCUACGCCUGGAGUCGCAGAUGGUCUUCUCCCUCAGCCCUGAGGCGGAGGACAUAGAAGCCGAGUACGCAGCCCUAGACCGAAGAGAGCCCUAUGAAGGCUUGCGGCCUCAGGAUCUGCGGAGACUAAAGGACAUGCUGAUAGUGGAGACAGCUGACAUGUUGCAGGCCCCGCUUUUCACUGCCGAAGCUCUGCUCCGCGCUCAUGAUUGGGACAGAGAGAAGCUCUUGGAGGCGUGGAUGAAAAACGCAGAGGAGUGCUGCCAACGCUCAGGGGUCCAGAUGCCCAAUCCACCUCCAAGCGGCUACAACGCGUGGGACACUUUACCCUCACCCCGGACUCCGCGCACAAACCGCUCCUCCAUCACCUCCCCGGACCAAAUAAGUCUCCUGCCUGCAGAUGACGAGUCUUCUCUGUGUGGGAUCUGCAUGUCUUCCAUCUCCGUUUUCGAGGAACCCGUUGAUAUGUCCUGUGGCCACGAGUUUUGCCGAUCAUGCUGGGAAGGAUUUCUAAACUUAAAAAUUCAAGAAGGAGAAGCCCACAACAUUUUUUGCCCUGCCUACGAUUGUUACCAGCUUGUGCCAGUGGAAGUCAUCGAGAGUGUGGUGUCCAGAGAGAUGGACAAGCGCUAUCUCCAGUUUGAUAUUAAGGCCUUUGUUGAAAACAAUCCGGCAAUCCGUUGGUGUCCUGUGGCUGGAUGUGAGCGAGCUGUGCGAUUAAACAACCAGGGGGCCGGAACGGCUACCGGGGACUCGCUAAGCUUUCCAAUGCUCCGGGCUCCGGCUGUGGAUUGUGGGAAGGGUCACCUCUUCUGCUGGGAAUGUCAGGGUGAAGCCCAUGAGCCGUGUGACUGUCAGACAUGGAAGUUGUGGCUGCAGAAAGUCACAGACAUGAAACCUGAGGAAUUGGCCGGUGUGAGCGAAGCAUAUGAGGACGCGGCUAACUGCUUAUGGUUGCUCACCAACUCCAAACCCUGUGCCAACUGCAAGUCUCCAAUCCAGAAAAAUGAGGGCUGCAAUCAUAUGCAGUGUGCUAAGUGUAAGUAUGACUUUUGCUGGAUCUGCAUGGAGGAGUGGAAAAAGCACAGCUCCUCAACAGGAGGCUACUACCGCUGCACACGCUAUGAAGUCAUUCAGCAGGUGGAGGAGCAGUCCAAGGAGAUGACAGAAGAGGCUGAGAAGAAGCACAAGAGCUUCCAGGAGCUUGACCGAUUUAUGCACUACUACACGCGCUUCAAGAACCACGAGCACAGCUAUCAGCUAGAACAUCACCUGUUGAAAACAGCCAAAGAGAAGAUGGAACAACUCAGUCGAGCCCUCAGAGGAAGAGAAGGAGGCCCACCUGACACUACAUUUAUAGAAGAUGCAGUCCUUGAACUGCUAAAGACUCGCCGCAUACUCAAGUGCUCUUAUCCUUAUGGGUUUUUUCUGGAGCCAAAAAGCACGAAGAAGGAGAUCUACGAACUUAUGCAGACGGACUUGGAAAUGGUGACAGAGGACCUGGCGCAAAAGGUUAACCGGCCAUACCUGCGGACGCCACGCCACAAGAUCAUUCGCGCUGCUUGUCUUGUGCAGCAGAAGAGACAGGAAUUCCUGACCUCAGUUGCCAGAGGAGUAGCUCCCAAUGACUCUCCUGAGGUUGUCAGGCGCAGUUUUGCUGGCGGAACGUGGGACUGGGAAUAUUUAGGCUUUGCAUCACCUGAGGAGUAUGCAGAGUUCCAGUAUAGACGAAGACAUCGGCAGCGGAGACGAGGCGACAUGUCAAGUAUCCGUAGCAACACACCUGAUCCCGAUGACCUCAGUGACAGCACUUUGGAUCCACAGGAUGUUGGCGGUGGACGCAGAGAAGGUCCUCUAAUGGGUCUUGGUUCCUUGGAUGAGGAUGACCCUAACAUUUUAUUGGCUAUCCAGCUGUCACUCCAGGAUUCUGGGAUGGCAGGUAGUGGGUCCAACCAUGAUGUCCUCACCAGCGAAAUCUCCCUUGGGGCAAUUGGAAGCUCCCUGCCUUCUAGGCUUGAGCAGACCACUCCGGAUGUUGGCGUUCCUCCCAGAGCUUCCCGGAGCAGCUCAGAACUGCUCGAGCUGGAAGAUAAGUUGGUUAGAGUCGGCAAUAUCGGCAACCAGCACUCCACUGCCACAGGUGCUCCCUUUUCCGUGCAACACUAUGAAGGUCACAGCUGGGCAUCCAGUGCGUCUGUGCAAUUACCAGUGGCUCCAGGCAACCCUUCCACAACACGUCUCUUCCCUUCUUCCACUGACACAGCUCACUCAAAGCCACGCAGCGUCCAUGGGCCAUCCUCGUCUUCUGCAUCAGCAACCAAUGCUAACCUUCUUGGUAAUAUCAUGGCAUGGUUCCACGACAUUAACCCCCAAGGUAUCACCCUGGUACCCCCGGUGUCCUGUGACGCAGAUUUAAACGUGGGCCCACACCAGACAUCAGCGGCGGGAUGUGCGCACGAGGAUGUGAAUGCCAGUGCAGUCGCCCUCUCUGAAAACAGGAACCCCGAGGAGACCCCGGCAGAUGUGGCCCUCAACUCCCAGAGACUGGGUUGUGCAGAAGAGGAACGUGGCGUCGCAGAGAGGCCGACUCAGUUAGAUCUGGUGGGGCUGGGCACCAUGCCCACAGGAGCUCUCCACACAAAUGCAGAGCCGGCUGAGAGCACAUGCUCAAAGUCCUGCCGUGUGGACACUCCACUACGUGACUCUGUGUCCGACCAGCUGCCGAGCAGCAGCUCCUCUGAGUGGGAGGAGCAAGUGCACUUGGUAUGAUGUGCUCGGCUGAAGUUUUAGAGAGCUUUUUUGAAAGGCCAAAAAAAACCCACUAAAUUGCCAACUAGGUUUGAAGAACAUUUAAGAAGUAGCUCUUCAGGUGGAAUGUAGGUAGAAUAGAAAAUCUGUCUGUCAUACUGUGCUAGUAAGUAGGGAAAGAAUUCUUUAGGCCUUUUAAUUUCAUUGCAGGCACUAAGCCCGACAGUAUAAUCAGGUGGGUUUGUGCUUUUCUGGUAUUGUCAGCGUUUCUCGCUGCCAGGCAUUUUUGCGAUGAAAGCACUAACCCCAGAGAUCACAUUAUUUUCAGAGUUUCCUUAGAAGAAUCCUAUACUGAUGAGUACAAGCAGCCUUUUCUAAACCUGCGUUUAAAGAAGAGACAACAUUUAUUGAGUCCGGCUGUUGUUUAUUUUUUGCCACUGGAGGAAAAACCUACUGUUUUCUUGGAUUUAAGUGUCAAGACGACAGAAAACUCUGCAUAUCUGCUCAGCUUGGUCCAGGUGUCAAACAUUGACUUGCAAACGUACACUUGCAGUCAUCGAGUGGAUUCUUCUAAAACCGUGCCUGCUCAUAACAAUCUCAGUGACUCAGCUAAAUUUAAAUGUAAACAUUUUGAGCCAUAUAAUGAGAAAUCACAGCAAGUGAUAUUGUCAGAUCCUGCUCGCUGACAGCUGGAGCGAGCUGUUUAAUUUAAUUUAAGUUUUAAGAAAAUGUCAAAAGAUGUGUUUUUAUGUGAGACAUUCAGAAAAAAAAAUUGACUUUUUAAUGAAUAUUUUUAAGAAGAAAUGUAAAAAGGUCCUCGGAGCUUCAAAAGUUUCAUACGCUGACUGACCCAGAGGGACUGCACAGUCAGAUGCACCCAACACUGCCAUGUACUUUGAAUUCAGCUCGUCUUUAAGUAAUGUUUAAAGUGAAUGUAAAGUGUGACAGACGGGCGUAGUCUUGUUUGAUGCACUGCAGGGCAGGCCGGUCAAAAUGAUAACCAGGCAAUCACCUCCAGGCUUGAGUGAAUGAAGAAAUAAAUCAAGCUGAAGUUACAGUAAUUUAUCUCUGGGUAAUAAUGAACAAAGCUGUCGUAGAUCUCUGCUGCAGCCCCAGAGAGGGUUGGGGGCUCUGCGUGCACAACAUCCCAAUGUGUGCUUGUUUGCAACAAGGGAAGUUUGUCUUUAAAGCAGUCAAAAAUAUAGUGCCUUUGUAUCAGUUCUUUUUUUUUUUUUUUUGUCCUAUACAUUUCUGAUAAUAGUAUAAAAACACAUUUUCACCUAGUUUAUUUUGUUCACAUAACUUUGUAACACAAACUUUGAGGUUGUUUUUUGUCUCACCCUUGAAAUAAUGUCUGAAAUUGUUGUAGCAUGAUGGGUUUUUGUUUUUUUUGUCGAUUGUUGUGACUUCAUGCCAAUGGAAAGCAUUUCUGUUAUGGGUGAAAAUAGUUUGAGGUCAAUGUCCUAUUUGCAGAAAGGGCUUUAUGCCAAGUGCGUUUUUGAGAGAAGAUCACUUUCAUCUGGUGUCUCCAAAAUGUGUUUAAACAAUUUUAAAAAUGAAAUGAUUCACAUGAAAAACAAAAGCUACUGAUCCUUACAGUCAGGUAAACACAACUUCAGAUCAGAAACUCCAAAUAUUUCAAUGCCAGUAUUUAUUUAACAAAUGCCUGCAUCAAAUGCAGAGACACAAAGUGACAAACAAAACCCUAAAAACAAGGGCUUUAAUUAAAAGAUGCCCUGAUUUAGUUCAUCGUAUUCUUAAAAUGAGAGAUUUGGCACUUUACUUGUUGGAGCCUUUUUAAGAUAAAGCCAAGAAGGGGUUUUAGGCCAUUCCAAGCCCUUUUGGGUUUGUUUUUUAUUCAGUGAUUGACAAAUAAAUAAAAAAAAUGAAGGCAGUUGACAUUUUUCUUUGGGGUUAAAUAUGACAGCAGAUUCCCCCUGAAGUCAGAAACGAUGGUUGCCUAAUUGUCGUCUUCACGUCUUCGUCUAGAUGAAGUUUGAAUUGACAGAAGCUGUACUGUUUCACACGUGACUACUGCGUUUGCACCUGAAGACACUACAAUUAUUAAAAGUUGCAAUACGGGAUGAGUGUUUGAAAACUCUGGAAGUACGAUCACUCGGACCCUUUUGUACAGACUUGUGUAUCAUUUGAGUAAAUAGCGUUUAUCCCAGAUUUAAACAAUAAACCUGAAGACAAGUGAGGGCUUUGUCGCGUGUCUUGGAGUUGUCAAGCUGUGCCAUAUGGAUAAUGAAAUUAACUGUUGUGUUAUUGUGUGUACGUGACAGAACCUGUUUGUGUAACAUUUUCUUGUGCACGAAAUAGGUACAAGUCUGAAUGGCAUUUCUACUUUCACCUCUAACGUUCAGGUGAUUUAUUUUCAAGUGGCAUACCUUUUUGUAACUCAUUCAAAUUUUCUAUUGUAAAGCAACUAAUCCUUGAGAUGCUAUUUGCACUUUCAUAGUCUAUACUUGAUACAUUCCCUCUUUAUAUGAAAACUGUUUGGUGUGUGAUGCCAAUAAACCUUGUGUUGAAUUUUA